AUGAUAACUUCGGCAGAGGCAAGCGUCAUUUCCAUCUCCAUGGAGGCCAUCCUUUACGGUAUUUCGGUACCGAUGUUCAUCCUCACUAUGUGGAUUCUUCGACAGAGACAGAGACGAGGCGUACACUAUGCUAUGAUAAUCUCAGCCUGCGCACUGCAAACUUUGGCUACAAUGGAACUCAUAGUGAACAUUAUCCGCAUCUAUCAAGACUUUCUCACUAUUGGCCCCUUCCUGCCUCGCGGACCAGAACAAUUCUUUCAGGAUGUGACGCAGAGAACGUGGAUUACCAAGAGCUGGCUAUACAAUAUUCAGACACUAAUUCUGGAUGGUGUCGUUAUCUAUCGGACGUACAUCGUCUGGAAGAAAAUUUACAUCAUUAUUAUUCCAGUCCUAGGUUGGCUGGCCCUGCUUGUGACGUGUGUUUGUCUAAACGUCGCAUUCGCUACUGCCGUGGAACAUAAAGACGAUAUGUUUGCUAAGCCUACAGGUCAAUGGAUCACCGCCGUAUACACAACGACUCUAGUGACAAACCUCUCUGCAACAACUCUCCUCGCAUUGCGUAUCUGGCGCGUAAACCGCGAAGCUUCCGAAUAUAGAUCCCAAGGACGCGUGGCGUCGGUCCUUCGCAGCGUCAUUGAAUCCAGAGCAAUAUAUUCAGUUACAGCAGCGUUGAUCACAUUCGUUAUCACAUCCUUAGGAGUCUACGUCCUCUUUUAUAUGACCUCGCCUAUAAUAUCAAUCGUCUUCAAUAUGAUCAUUAUCAGACUCGGGUUUGCGACCGAGUGUCAUUUACCAGUUGUCAGCACCACAGUACAGCAAGGAAGGAGGUUCGAGCCUUCCAGUCAGGGAAAUCGUGACAGCAUUCGAGCUUCUCGUGAAAACUCAGGAUUCGGGAUGAAAUCUCUAGAAGUCGAGAUCACACAACACGUCGAGACGGACGCAGAUGCGACUUCCAUCGCCGAAACGGGGAGGGAAGAAGGAAGGAGGCUAGCUAGUGAAGCGGCGAGAAUACCACUCUAA